AUGCGGUCCUUCCGUUUCGUGCUUCUCGGGGGCGGCCUGUCUUCGGGCUACGCCGCGCGAGAGUUCGUCAAGCGCGGACUGGGCCCCGGCCAGCUGUGCAUCGUGACCGCCGAGGACGUGGUGGCCUACGAGCGCCCCGCGCUCAGCAAGGGGUACCUCAACCCGGUGAACGCGGCGCGGCUACCAGGGUUCCACACCUGCGUGGGCGGCGGCGGGCCACGCCAGGAGCCCGCCUGGUACGCCGAGCACGGUGUGGAGUACCUAACCGGAGCGACCGUAACGUCGGUUGAUAUCAGCUCCAGGAGGUUGGUACUCGACAACGGCGAAGAGCUGACCUACACCGACAAGCUGAUAGUGGCGACGGGCGCGAGACCUGCUAGGCUUGAGGAGGUCGGGAUACCAGGCUGGGACCUGAAGGGCGUGUACUACCUGAGGGACAUAAAAGAUGCGGUGGAGAUCCAGGCGGGCAUCGCUGAGUGCAAGGCGCGGGACGGCAACGCGCUGGUUAUCGGGGCGGGAUACAUCGCGAUCGAGGUUGCCGCGGGUCUGUGCGCCAACGGGCUGCACACUACGAUGGUGUUCCCUGGCGGGAUGCUGAUGGACCGGAUGCUGCCGCCCGAGGCGGCGUGCUUCUACGAGAACUACUACGAGAGGAAGGGGAUCGAGAUGUGCUGGGGGCAGCGGGUGACGCGGCUGCUGGGCAGCGACGGCUUGCUGGAGGGAGUGGAGCUGGACGACGGGAGGGUGGUGGAGGCGUCCAUGGUGCUGGCGGGGAUAGGGGCCCGCAUCAACAAGGAGCUGUUCGUCGGCCAGCUGGAUAUGAGCCAGGGCGGCAUCGAGGUGAACGGCAAGUUCCGGACAAGCCACCCCGACGUCUAUGCCGUGGGCGACGUCGCCGCCUUCCCCCUCCUGCGCUAUGGCGGCUACAUCCAGCGGCAGGAGCACGUCACCAAUGCUCGCGCCUCCGCCAUCCACGCCGUGGCGGCCAUAAUGGACCCGGAGAACACCGGCGACUACGACUACCUGCCCUUCUACUACUCCCGCUUCUUCUCCCUCUCUUGGCAGUUCUUCGGCCUCAACCGGGGCAGGGGCAUCAUGUUCGGCGACCAGGACAUGGAGAAGUUCGGGCUGUACUUUGUGGAGGAAGGGCGGAUCGUGGGGGCGUUCCUGGAGGGGGGGAGCGCGGAGGAGUUCGGGUGGAUGAAGGCGGUGGCGCUGCAGCGGCCCGUGGCGCCCCAUGCCGACGACCUGGUGAUCAAGGGCCUGAAGUACGCGCAGGAGUUGGCGACGAAGCCCUCGGAGGCGUCGUGA